GUUUCUCAACAUUCUUUCUAGGUGCACAAGACCGCCAGUUACAGAAAGUCAUUCAAAGUGGCUUCACCAACCCAAAGAUGCCAGUGCUGAACCUUAUGCCAUGGACGCAUUGCUGAAGUGAUGUCAGAGAAGCAAAGACAGAAAUCUGCCUCUGAGAUGAGUCUCUCGGAGGAACAGAGUGAAAAACCCGGCUCACCUGUAUUCAGCUCUGUGUCUCUGAAGAGUGACCAUUCGAAAGGUGAUGUACCGAACUUCAGUGAGGAAACACCAUCAGCUACCAAAAGUGAAAAACCCGGCUCACCUGUAUUCAGCUCUGUGUCUCUGAAGAGUGACCAUUCGAAAGGUGAUGUACCGAACUUCAGUGGGGAAACACCAUCAGCUACCAAAAGGACUCAGUGUGAUACAUCAGGCUCAAACUUAGAGGUUCAUAGACGGCGCAAGGAAUUCAAAGAAAAACUCCUCUCGAUAUUCCAGGAUCUUGAAAAAAAAAUAAUCACAUUUCUGAAAAAUGAACUGGAAAAGUUUAAGAGAAUAAUAAAAAAGGAAAACACACAAUACUUUGUGAAGGACUUAAAGGAGGACAGAUACAAUGUCAAAGAAGCAGCUCUUGAUAUCACACUCUACUUCCUGAGAAGUAUGAAAGAAAAUGAACUUGCUGAUACUCUAGAAGAUGAGCUGGUAUUCAUUUAUCAGCGACAACUAAAAUUAAACCUGAAGAAGAAGUAUCAAUGUGUAUUUGAGGGAAUUGCAAAGCAUGGUGACUCCACACUUCUAAACAAAAUCUACACAGAUCUCUAUAUCACUCAGGGUAGUAGUGAACAGGUCAAUACUGAACAUGAGGUAAGACAGAUGGAGAAAUCUUCCAGGCAUCCUGAGUCACCAGAGAAGCCGAUUAAGUGCACAAGUUUGUUCAAACCACCCGGCCAAGACAAGGAAAUAAGAACUGUACUAACAAAAGGAGUUGCUGGUAUCGGAAAAUCUGUUUCUGUGCAAAAGUUUGUUCUGGACUGGGCUGAAGGAAAUGAAAAUCAGGAUAUCAGCUUCAUAUUUCCUCUUCCUUUCCGAGAGAUGAACUUGAAGGAGAAAGAUAGACAAAGUUUGAUGGACCUUAUCAGUCAGUUUUUCCCAGAGACAAAAGGUCUGAACCUCGCAAGAAAUGAUAAAUUCAAAGUCCUUUUUGUCCUUGACGGAUUGGAUGAAUGUCGACUUCCUCUGAAGUUUGAUGAUAAUGAGACAUGGCGUGAUGUCACAUCUCCGGCCUCUUUGGAUGUUCUUCUGACCAACCUCAUCAAGGGAAAUCUGCUUCCUUCUGCUCACAUCUGGAUAACCACCAGACCAGCAGCAGCCAGUAAGAUUCCUCCUGAGUAUAUUGACCUGGUGGCAGAGGUACGAGGGUUUGAUGACCCACAAAAGGAGGAGUACUUCAAGAAAAGAUUCACGGAUGAGAAACUGGCCAACACAAUCAUUGAUAACGUUAAAAAAUCAAAGAGCCUCUUUAUCAUGUGCCACAUCCCAGUCUUCUGCUGGAUUUCAGCCACUGUGCUUCAGAACAUUUUGGAGAAGAAAAGAAAUGAUGAUGCAGGAACACUGCAGGAAUCUGGUGCUGAUAAUGGAACUCCUAAGACUCUGACACAAAUGUACACACACUUUUUCCGCUUUCAGAUCCAGCAGAGCAGUCGAAAAUAUGAUGGAAAAUAUUCCCCAGAUAUUGACUGGGAUAAAGAGGCAAUCUGUUCUCUGGGGAAACUGGCAUUUAAUCAGCUGGAAAGAAACAACCUGAUUUUCUAUGGUACAGACCUGGAAGACUGUGGUAUUGAGCCCUCCAAGGCAUCCGUGUACUCUGGGAUGUGUACUCAGAUGUUUAAGGAGGAAAAAGGGAUUGUUCUUGGUACUACAUACUGCUUUGUUCACAUGAGCAUUCAAGAGUUUAUUGCAUCUCUUUAUGCUCAUCUGUUUCUGGACACCAACAAGAAAAAUGCAUUUUCCCAAGACGGCACAGAACAAGAACACAAAAAUGAAACAAUGACCGAUUUGCUCAAGACUGCAGUGGACAAGGCACUCGCGAGUGACAAUGGUCACCUGGACCUUUUCCUUCGCUUCCUUCUCGGUCUGUCUCUGGAGUCCAAUCAGUCACUCUUACGAGGUCUGUUGAAACAAGAAGACAGCAAUGAGCAGAGCAAAAAGGAAAUAGUUGAUUACAUCAAGCAGAAAUUCGAAGAUAAUGCAUCUCCAGAGAGAUCCAUCAAUCUGUUCUACUGUCUGAAUGAACUGAAUGACCAAACUCUGGUGAAGGAGAUUCAAAAUCACCUGAGAGAAGGAAGUCUCUCAUCUGCUCACAUUUCACCUGCUCAGUGGUCAGCUCUGGCCUUUGUGCUUCUGACAUCAGAGGAGGAGCUGGAGGAGUUUGAUCUUCAGAAAUUCAAGAAAUCGGACGAGUGUCUCUGUAGAUUAGUGCAAGUUGUCAAAACUGCCAAAAGAGCUUUGCUAAAUGAUUGUGGCCUAACAGACAAAAGCUGUUCAGCACUGUCUACAGUUCUCGGAUCAGAUUCCAAUCUGAAAGAGCUGAACAUGAACCUUAACAAUCUGCAGGAUUCAGGAGUGAAGCUGCUCUGUGCUGGACUGGAGAGUAUUAAGUGUAAAUUGGAGAUACUGAGGCUCAGUAAAUGUGAGCUAACAGAGGAAAGCUGUUCAGCUCUAGCUACAGUUCUCAGAUCAGACUCCAGCAGUCUCAGAGUGCUUGACCUGAGCAAUAAUAAUCUGCAGGAUUCAGGAGUGAAGCUUCUCUCUGAUGGACUGAAAAGUAACUGUAAACUGGAGAUCCUCACGCUUUCUGACUGCAGUAUUAAUGAAGAAGGAUAUAAAGCUCUGUCUUCAGAUCUAAAAUUAAACCCUUCACACCUGAAAGAGCUGGAUCUCAGAGGAAAUGACCCUGGAGAAUCAGGAGUGAAACAGCUCUAUGAUUUACUACAGGAUCAGAACUGUAUACUGAAACUGAGAUUUCUGAAAAGUGAAGCUGCAGAGAAAACCCUUCAGUAUUGGUCUAAAGUUCUUGGUGAAAAUCCUUUACUCCUGAGAGAGAUGAAUCUGAGUGAAUGUAAAUUAGGAGAUUCAGAAUUGAAUCAGCUUGCUGCUCUACUAGAAGAUAAACACUGUAAAGUGAACAAACUGAUCCUUAAUAACAGCUAUAUCACAGAAGAAGGUUUUGGUGCUCUGUCUUCUGCUUUUAAUUUAAACCCUUCAAACCUGAAAGAACUGGAUCUGAGUGGAAGUAAACUUGGAGACUCAGGAAUGAAGAAGAUCUGUAGUCUGUUUGGAAAUGUUCAGUGUAGACUGGAGAAGCUAAAGUUUAAUUCUAUCAGUAUAACAACGGAAGGUUGUACUGCCCUAGCUUCAGCUUUAAAUUCAAACCCUUCAAACAUCAGAGAGCUGGAUCUGAGUGGAAAUGAACUAGGAGACUCAGGAGUGAUGGAAAUCUCCACUCUACUGAAAAAUUCAGAAUGCAGACUGGAGAAACUGAGAAUGUCAGACUGCAGAAUUACUGAAGAAGGAUACAAAGCUCUGACUUUGUCUAUACAAUCAAACCCUUCACAUCUGAUAGAGCUGGAUCUCAGUAUAAAUGACCCUGGAGAAACAGGAGUGGAGCUGCUCACUGAAUUACUACAGGACCAAGAAUGUAAACUGACAAAAAUAAAGUUUUUGAAAAGUCAGGAAGCAGAGGAAGGGUAUAAGUUCCUGACUGAUGAUCUUGGUAAAAACCCCUUACUUGUGAGAGAGAUGGAUCUGAGUGGACAUAAUCUACAAGACACACAAGUGAAGCAGAUCGCUGCUCUUCUAGGAGAUAAACACUGUAAACUAAACUUAAUUCAGCUGAAUAAUAACUGUAUUACAGAAGAAGGUUGUGGUACUCUUGUUUCAGCUUUUGAUUCAAAUCCUUCAAACCUGAAAGAGCUGGAUCUAAGUGGAAAUAAAAUAACAAACUCAGGAGUGAUGAAGAUUUCUACUCUGUUGAAAAACACAGAAUUCAAACUGGAGAAACUAAAAUUGUCAGACUGCAGUAUUACUGAAGAAGGAUAUAAAGCUCUGUCUUCAGUUCUGAAAUCAAAGAUUUCACAACUGAUAGAGCUGGAUCUCAGAGGAAAUGACCCUGGAGAAUCAGGAGUGAAACAUAUAAUUGAGAAUCGAAACAGUAAUCUGAGACUGAGUUUUUUAAAGAGUUCUGCUGCAGAAGAAGCGUGCAAGUAUCUUUCAGAGGUUGUAGGUAAAAAUCCAUUAAUGCUGAAAGAACUGGAUCUGAGCCAUAAUAAAUUAGGAGAUCUGGAUGGAGAGAAGCUCUCAGCUCUAUUGAUGGACUCUCAUUGUAAACUAGAGAAAGUGAAGUUGAAUAAUUGUGACCUGACAGAGAAAAGCUGUUCAACUCUAGUUACUGUUCUCUCCUCUGAUACCACUCUGAAAGAGAUUGAUCUGAACAACAGUCCUCUGAAGGACUCAGGAGUGAAACAGAUCUGUGAGGGACUGAUGAGUCAUCUGUGUAAACUGAACAUUCUCAAGCUCAGUAAGUGUGGUCUAACAGAGGAAAGCUGUUCAGCUCUAGCUGCAGUUCUCAGAUCAGACUCCAGCAAUCUCAGAGAGCUUGACCUGAGCAAUAAUAAUCUGCAGGAUUCAGGAGUGAAGCUGUUCUCAGAUGAACUGAAAUGUAACUGUAAACUGGAGACACUCAGACUUUCAAACUGCAGUAUUACUCAAGAAGGUUAUACAACUUUGGCUUCAGCUCUGAAAUCAAACCUUUCACACCUGAAAGAGCUGGAUGUCAGUGGAAAUGACCCUGGAGAAUCAGGAGUGCAGCUUCUCUGUAAUAUACAAGAGGAUCGAUACUGUAAACUGAAAACAUUGAGGUUUUUAAAAAGUCCUACUGCAGAAGAGGCCUAUAGGUAUCUUAAUAACGUUAUUGGUAAAAAUCCUUUACUUCUGAGAGAGCUGAAUCUGAGUGGACAUAAAAUAGGAGACUCAAGAGUGAAGCAGAUCGCUGCUCUACUGGAAGAUAAACACUGUAAACUCAACAAACUUCUACUGAAUAAUAACUGUAUUACAGAAGAAAGUUGUGGUGCUCUAGUUUCUGCUUUUAAUUCAAAUCCUUCAAACCUGAAAGAGCUGGAUCUGAGUGGGAAUAAAUUAACAAACUCAGGAAUGAAGAUGAUCUGCAGUCUGUUGAAAAAUACACAAUUCAAACUGGAGAAACUAAAAAUGUCAGACUGCAGUAUCACUGAAGAAGGAUAUAAAGCUCUGUCUUCAGCUCUGAAAUCAAAUCCUUCAAACCUUAUAGAGCUGGAUCUCAGAGGAAAUAACCCUGGACAAUCAGGAGUGAAACUACUCUAUGAUAUAAUUGAGAAACAAAACUGUAAUCUGAGACUGAGAUUUUUGCAGAGUUUUGCUGCAGAGGAAGCAUGUGAGCAUCUCACUAAAGUUCUUGAUAAAAAUCCUUUACUGCUGAAAGAACUGGAUCUGAGUCAUAAUAAAAUAAAAGGCUUUGAUGAGUUGAAGUUAUCUGAUCUGCUGAAGGACUCUCAUAGCAAACUGGAGAAAAUUAUGUUGAGUUAUUGUGAUCUGACAGAGAAAAGUUGUUCAGCUCUAGCUAGUGUUCUCUCCUCUGAUACCACUCUGAAAGAGAUUGAUCUGAACAACAGUCCUCUGAAGGACUCAGGAGUGAAACGUCUCUGUGAGGGACUGAAGAAGUCUCAGUGUAAACUGAACAGACUCAACCUUUCAAACUGCAGUAUUACUGAAGAAGGAUAUAAAGCUCUGUCUUCAGCUCUGAACUCAAAUCCUGCAAACCUGAUUGAGCUGGAUCUCAGAGGAAAUGACCCUGGACAAUCAGGAGUGAAACUACUCUAUGAUAUAAUUGAGAAACAAAACUGUAAUCUGAGACUGAGGUUGUUACAAAGUUCCUCUGCAGAAGAGGCCAAUAAGUAUCUGACUAAAGUUCUACAUGGUGUAAAUCCUUUACUGCUGAGUAAUCUGAAUCUGGGUGAACUUAAACUAGGAGACUCAAAAGUGAAGCAGAUCGCUGCUCUACUAGAAGAUAAACACUGUAAACUCAACAAACUUCAGCUGAAUAAUAACUGCAUUUCAGUAGAUGGUUGUAAUACAGUCGUUUCAGCUUUAAAUUCAAAUCCUUCAAACCUGAAAGAGCUAAAUAUGAGCGGAAAUAAACUAGGAAACUCAGGAGUGAUGAAGAUUUCUACUCUAUUGAAAAAUACACAAGUCAGACUGGAGAAACUGGAAUUGUCAGACUGCAGUAUUACUGAAGAAGGAUAUAAAGCUCUGUCUUCAGCUCUGAGAUCAAAUCCUUCAUACCUAAAAGAGCUGGAUCUCAGAGGAAAUGACCCUGGAGAAUCCGGAGUGGAACUGCUCUAUGAUUUACUACAGAAUAAACACUGUAAAUUAAGGUUGUUAAAAAGUCCUUCUGCAGAAGAAGCCCAUCAGUAUAUGUCUAAAAAACUUAAGAAAAAUCCUUUACUCCUGAGAGAGUGGAAUCUGAAUGGAUAUAAACUAGAAGACUCAAGAGUGAAGCAGAUCGCUGCUCUACUGGGGGAUAAACACUGUAAACUCAACAAACUUCUGUUAUCUGAAUGCAAAAUAACAGAGAAAUGUAGUCGUGAUCUGGCUUCAGCUCUGUCUUCAAAUGUUUUACACCUGAGAGAGUUGGAUCUGAGUAAAAAUAAACUGGGCAACACAGGUGUGAAGUACUUUGGGGAUGUACUGCAGAAUUCAGAGUGCAAACUGGAGAAACUACGGUUAAGAGAUUGUGAAAUGACAGAUGAAGGUUGUUCUGUUCUGACUUCAGCUCUGAAUUCAAAUCCAUCACACCUCAGACAUCUGGACAUGUGUGGGAAUAAACUAGGAGACUCAGGAAUUGGACACCUGUGUGAUUUACUAAGAAAUUCUCAAUUCCAGCUGGAAAAUCUAGAGUUGUGUGAAUGCAGUAUUACAGAGAAUCAGUGUGGCAUCCUGACUUCAGCUCUGUGUUCAAAUCCAUCACACUUGAGAGAACUCAACCUCAGUGGAAACACGCUAAAGAACACAGGAUUGAAUCACAUAUGUCAUCUACUGAAUGAUUCACACUGUAAACUGGAGAAACUGAGUCUAUAUAAUUGUGGAAUCACAGAUGUUGCUUCUUUGGCUGAGGUGAAAAAAGUGCGGUCUUUAAAGAAACUUGAUCUGAGAAAAAACAAAAUUAAAGAAUCAUCAGGGAAGAAGCUCCGUGAAGUGCUGAAAAACUCAGGCUGUGAACUGGAACUAGACAGCGAAGGUUGGUUUCAAGCUGUUGGAAGUGCUGUUGGAAGUUUAUUUACCGGGAGUAAAACUAAGGAUCGUGUGGAAUCAACAAGUCAGGAAGAGAACAACAAGUCACCAACACAUGAGGAUUCCUCUAAAGGAGAAGAAAGUCACACACAUCUGGGACAGCAUGAAGAUGUUACAGAUGAAGAACGCUCUCAUCAGAGCACAGAUGUGUCCGAUCAGAAGGGGACUACAGUAUAAAUCAUAUUCUGAUGUUGAGAUUAAACUGCUCUGAUUGUAUGUGAAAAUCUAUAUUAGCCUAACAGUAUUUAUUUAUGUUUUAAUCAUCAGGAUUCAGUUUAAUAACUUGUUUGACUGACAUGUACUUUUAAUCUAGACUUUAAAUCUCUUUGCAGUGUUCAGAUGAAACUGAGAGCACAAAGUUCAAUAAAUAUUCAUG